AUGUCGGUCGCUCAAAUGUCGGGCGCUCAAACGUCGGUUAAUCUACUAUUACCUCGGCAAAAAGGAAAGGAUGAUAGUAAAGAACAUAAAAAACUUGUGUAUAAAAUACCGUGCAAUAACCGCGAUAAUUAUUACGUAGGUGAAACAGAUAGAAAAAGAGCGGUUCGAAUGGAUGAACUGUUUAACGAUAUCGAGAAAAUUCAAAAUUUAACAUCAUUAAAGCACUUAACACUCAGUGGCAAUCCACUAAACACUAUUCCAGCGUUUAAUAAUACAAAUAUUCAAACAUUGACAAUGCAACGAGCGCAAAUAAAUUCUGCCAAUUUUCCUAAAACAUAUAAUGGCUCAUCCUUACAAAUUAUCUCCUUAAGCGACAACAACAUCAGACUAAUUGGAGAUAAUGAUUUUUUAUCAUUGAAAAAUAAAAAAUUAUUAAAGUUAGAUAUUACUCACAAUCAGCUGAAUAAAAUUAGUAUUACUGCAUUUGAAAUAUUUUCACAAUCGUUGCAAUCAUUAGCACUAAGUCAAAACAGUCUAUCCUCAUGUGAGUUUUUAGCUACUUUAAAAAAUCUGGCUUCAAUAAAAUUAGAUCAAAACAAGUUCACAUCAUUACCAGAACAAUUAUUAAUACCAAAUAAUAUCAAAAACUAUUUUUUCACACAGAACUCAAUUAAAAUUAUUGAUCAAUCAUCACCACUGAGCACGUGGAUUAAGAAAAAUCUUACUGGAAUUAAUAUUUACCUGAAGGAUAAUCCUUUGGACUGCUGUGGCUCAUUAUGGCUCAUUGAAAAUUUGAAAAAUUCAAAUAAACGCUACAUAGCUGAUGCUAAUCUAUUAACUUGCACAACACCGAUUCAAUAUUUUGGAAAACGUCUCAUUGACCUACAACCAACAGAAAUGAAUUGUGUCAUUCAACCACAAUUCAAGUUAUCGAUAGCAGAUCGGAUAUGUUUCCUUGAAGCCACAGAACGAGUGCCUUAUGACUUGGGAUAA